CUAUCGAUUUAUAGAGCUGAUUUAAAAUGAGGACAUUUUAUUUACAUUAUUGCUAAAGUACAGCAUAGGGGUUAUCUAUUGCGAUAUAAAUAUGUCAUGGUUACUUGUAUCGGUUACAAAUCAGUAGUACAGUGAAUAUACACAUAUCCAUUAGUAAAGUGCCCGUUUGGUUAAAUAUCAAAUAAUUAUGAAAAUGUUCUUAAUUAUCUUUAAAAUUUGGUUAAUGUCUUUAUACGUAACGCCAAGUUGGACUCGCAAUGCGUUCGCUAUCGAUGAAAGUUGGGUGUGCAACGUAAAGAAAUCAUGCGUGGACUGUUUACGUUUAAGUCAGUGUUCUUGGUGCCCCACAGAUAACAAAUGCUUUUCAAAGAAACUACCUAAUUUCGAUGCUUUUUGCAUUAACGAUGCUAUAGAACACAAUGACUUCGGAUUUAGCUUGGAAGAGAAUGCAGUAUGCGCGUGCUCUAAUUCUAAUGAAACUGAGUUAGAAGUACAUCAGAAUUGCCACCCGCCGGGAGUAUCUGAAGGCGAACAAUGUUCUGGACGCGGACAGUGUGUAUGUGGACGCUGCCUUUGUGACCAUACUCCUGAUGUUGAAAAUCCCACAAAGAUGGUGUUAGGAGAAUAUUGUGAAUUCGACAAUUUCUCUUGCGAUGGGCCCAAGUGUAACGAAGGUCCUUAUUCACUGGUACAAUCAGGGAUUGACGACGAUGAUAUUCCUGAAGUUGGUGCAGACAUCGAAUUUGACGAGGAAACGACCAACGAGCAAUAGGUUAAAUACUUCACCUUUUAUUUCCUUCAAGAUCCAUCGAGAACAUCUACUUCAAUCCACGCUAUCAUGUCGUAAUCGAUUGCGGAUGUCGUGAGUGGGCGAUGCUGUUUGCUUUUUACUAUUGGACCAAUAAAGAUCGACCUUUAAUGUAUGUAUAAUUUAACAACAAAAAAAGACUUAAGUUAUGGAAAAUAUAACAGUUCUUGAUGAGUAUUAACAUGUACUAGUAGGUACGUAAAAUCCGCGACUUUAUUCUCCUAUUUUUUUUAUAAUAUCACCUCAUUACAAAAACUAAGUAAUAUUACAUACUUACAUCUUCAUUAUGCGCUUAAUUGCUAUGUUAUAUGUAGUAUAUAACCAUUACAACAUUAUCUAUAACUAGUUUGUAGUCUCUGCCUGUCCUUAGGCUAUCUUUACUGAUUAUUUUACAAAUAGACAUAGAUAAAUUCAUUGAAAGUAUGAUUUAGAAGAAGAUUAUUCAAUUUCUUUAGAAAAUUAUGUUAACCGAAUAA